GUAGAUGCUUUGAUGGGCUAUUAAUGUUAGAAAUCACCAGUCAUCGAAAUAAAGUUGCAAGUCUAUAUCCGACUUCAAGAAAAAGACUAAAAAUUGUGUAAAGCGUUAUCGCAUAUACAUGCUGCAUACCGCAGCUGCAUCGUUAACAGUUGUGGUAGAGAGAAAGAGGGAAAGAGUGGGGCCAACGAUUUCUGAACGCAUCCGACAACGUGACAACAGUCUCUUCUAUGUUAGAUUGAACAGUGAUAACACCGCCAUUACGAGUAUUUAAUUUGAUUCCAUCGGCAGUUUGUCAGUGAGUGUUUGCAAAUUGCAAAUCGUUUUUUUGCAAUAGAAACUAUAAGUGACGUGUAUAUUAAAAAAAAAAUAUAUAUAUAAUAUAUAUAUAUUUCCUUGGAUUGUGUUGCAUUUACUGUGGCUUUGUAAUUAAUACGCAGUACGAUCUGCAGCAGUGACGUAGAUUGAAUGAGGCACAUGAUGACCGCGAUGUCAUCCACGUAUCAGCACAGGAAUCAGAGGCGUUACCAUCUAAAUUAGACAAGAGAAUAUUUGUGCGAAAGGUGCGAAAAGAAAUAUCGGUGUACGCAAUUUUCGUUUCCUGUUUUUCCUUUUUUUUUCUUCUAUUAGUUUGAUUCGUCUCUCGUCACGAGCAAGAAACGAGAGAGCUUUCCACCUCCAAAACGCGUUGUCCUUCAGCAGUUACGUGGCGUCAUCGCUGAAGUCAGUAUCUGUCUGACAGUGUCGUAGGAUCAACGGAGAUAACUGAUAGUAGAUCGUUCUUGUUCGGAUUAUACUUUGUUUCGGUACAACAUUCUCCAACAGCAGGUGGAGUCAACAACGUGUCGAGGGCUAGCUCGAAUGAAGUUUUCCUUUCCGUGAAGCAUCUUCCACGGUAACGGCACUAUGUCAUAGAUUGAUGGUUGACAAAGUGUUGGCAAAGUGACCGUCGCCAGCACGAACAAUGAUUUAUACAAGCACAUGGGUAUGGUGACACUGGUACAACAGCAGCAGCAAACGCUCAAUAGUAAUCACCAGUGUCCGAAGGAGCCGGAUCGCAACAGCAAUAACGGUGUUGUUGUGACUACCGAGAAUCACGCCGUCGAAGAGUUUCACGGCGAAGCUGCGUGUUCAGCGAAGGAGACCAGAGUCGUUGUUCCAAGUAAUGGUAGCAUUGGAAAUUCCUCUACGCAGUGCAGUGACAUAGACGAUGACGAUGAGGAAGAGGAAACGGACGUCGAGGAAGGAGGCGGUGGCGGCUGGAUCACUAAUCUGCCGGAAUCGUCGACCAUCGUUCAGCAGCAUCAAGCAAUCGCUACCACAAACGGUGGUAUCGUCCUUCCUAAUGCCGACCCGUCGAAUUUCGGCGACAUCUGCGUGAAGAACUCGACGAACGUGCAUCUGGGUAACAAGACCUUCUACAAGGGUCCAGUUACCAUAAAGCAGUUCGUUUGCACGAAUCCCGCUCUGGUCCAGGAUGUGGAUAAACUCGACGCCAGCAAAACCUCCGACAUCAAUGUCUUGGACUUGUCGACGAGUAAGGACGAUGGAGCCUCCAACAGACCCAUUUUUUCGCAAAAUACUGAUUUAGAUAAAGUGACGCAAUGGCUCUGGACAUGGAGAUGCGCGGCUUUAUCGUGCGUUUUAGUUUUAAUACUUUUAGCUGCUGUAGUGAUCACAAGUAUAUAUUUCACUCAUCACUCGAACACGCCGCUCUUCCCGGAAAUUCCAGACUCAUCGAUUGAGGGUGUAAUAACAUCUUCGGUACGUUUUGUCGAGAGGAACGAAUGGGGUGCGGAGCCACCCGCACAACCUCUAACAAAACUGAAGCUGCCAGUACCAUACGUAAUUAUCAGUCACACCGCGCAAGAACCAUGUGUCAAGCAUUCAGAGUGUACAUACCGCGUGAGAAUUGCUCAGACCUAUCAUAUUGAAUCUAAAAAUUGGUCAGAUAUCGGUUAUAAUUUCCUUGUCGGAGGCGAUGGUCGUGCAUAUGUUGGCAGAAGCUGGGACCAUGUUGGUGCCCAUUCCUAUAACUUCAAUUCUAGAAGUAUUGGCAUUUCCUUUAUUGGUACAUUCAAUAAAGUUGUACCGCCAAAAACGCAAUUACAUGCCGCACAAAAGAUCAUUGAGAUCGGCGUAAAAAACGAGAAAAUCUCACCUGACUAUAAACUGUUAGGUCACCGACAAGUUUCGCCAGGGACUCUCAGUCCUGGAGAUGCUUUAUAUAAUGAAAUUAAGAAGUGGCCUCAUUGGUCACCCUAUCCUUGACUCGACAACUUUAAUUUAAAUAUGUAAAUGAAAUAUACAAUUUCUGAAAAUAUUCACAUCCCUUUUGUUUCUUUAAAUCUGUAGUUGCCAUCUGUCUGCAUUUGCUUUAGACAUUCACAGUACUUGUGAGAGUUGUAAGUCUCAUUUAUCCAUGUUUAAUAUUUGAUAAACCGGAAUGAAAAGAUGCUUAAAACACUGUGAACAUGAGACAGAAAUGAGUUUUUUAAUUGGUAAAUUGAUCAAUGCUUUUAUAGAGCAAAGUUGCAUUUGCAUAUAAUACGAUUGUGAAUCAAUCAAUGAAUUAAAAAACUCAUAUAUUCCAAUAGUUUAAAUAACAGUUGACUGAAAAUAUUGUGAGCCUCUUACUGAUGUAAAAUCAUUUCAUACUCGAAUAAAGUGGCAAAAUUGAAAAGAUCUAAUUUAUAUAGAUUUUGUAAAUAAAUUUAAUUAGAGUCAGCUGAUAAGUAAGAAAUAUAUAAAAUAUAGUAUAAAAAAAUAUUGAAUUUAAAAGAUAUAAAAAAAACAUUGCACAGGUCAAACUUUAUAAUAAUAUUGGUAAUAUAAAUUUGUUAUAAUUGAAAAUUAUUAUGGAAAUAAAUAUUAAACAGAAAAAAGUUAAAAAAGUAAGUUUUUAAAAUUAACCAUACACAUUCAUCAAUAUAUUGAAACGCGAGAUUAUUCACGAAACACAAGUUUAAUUGUUCAUGUAAAGAAUUAAAGGUGCCAAUGUGACAAUUACCUAUGUAAGUGAUUAUAUUUUACAAUAUGCUAGAGUUAAUAAUCACAUAAUUAAGAGACACUAAAAAUCUAGAUUUCUGGUUUUUUCCCCAAGCUUGGACAUUUUGUAUAUAUUAUUCAAAAAUGUAAUAUUUGUUGUACAUUUAGUGAAUCUAUAAUUUUUUAAAUAAACAUACAUAUAUCCAA